AUGCAGACAUUCCCAGAAAGCAUACGCAAACUUUGGAAUGAAUGGGAGAUACACUUGAUGGUUCUACUCAGCCUCUUCCUACAAAUUGUCCUCAUCAUCUUUAGCAACCGACGAAAGUACACAUUUAGACCUUGGAACAGAAUCCUGAUUUGGUCGGCGUACGUGUCGGCAGACUGGGUGGCCACAGUAGCCCUUGGUAUCCUCUCCAGAAGCCAAGGAGAUUCGCAAGCUAAGCAUCCGGAUCCAAACUAUACCCUCAUGGCAUUUUGGACACCAUUCCUUCUUUUGCACCUUGGUGGGCCGGAUACUAUCACAGCUUACUCUUUGGAAGAUCAUGAGUUGUGGUUAAGGCAUGCUUGGACUGGUUGUCCAAGUUGGGGUGGCUUUUUAUGUGCUUCUGAGGUCUUGGGUAGGGACUCCACCCACAUUUCUGUCCAUUCCAAUGUUUGUGGCUGGAAUUAUCAAGUAUGGAGAGAGGACCUGGGUUCUCAGAGGCAAUUCAGGCGUCUAUAUGCAGACCUCAUCCUCACCUUUUUUGACAAAGAAUACAGUGAGCUCAUCAUCAGGUCCUUGCCACCCGAAGAGGCCUUCAAAGUGGUAGAGAUGGAGAUCAGUUUUAUGUAUGAUGUGCUCUACACCAAGGCAACUGUGGUUUAUUCUCUCCCAGGCAUUCUGCUUCGCACGGCCAGUUUCUUCUCCACUAUCUCUACCUUAGCAGCCUUCUGUUUUUUCAUCGAUAAGCACCAGUUCUCAACCAUUGACAUCAACAUUACUUACAUAUUACUCUUUGGAGCUAUUUUUCUGGAGAUUUACGCUAUCAUGGUGCUGAUUUUAUCUGACUGGAGCAUUAUCUGGUUCAGACAUAAGAACAAUAAUUUCCUGAUCGAUUCCAUUUGCCGAGCCAUUACCUGUUUUCGAUCAGUUCUAACCAGUGACAAAAGAUGGUCUAGACGCAUGGCGCAGAACAAUUUAAUUGAUUCUUGCCUCAGAGACAAAACCAAGUUCGAUGAGGUUCCCAGGUUCUUUGACAUGAACAAAUUCUUGGAGAGGUACUGGUACAUGACCUGGGAGAAUGUGGACGAUAUGAAGGAGCCCAUCUUCAGCUGCCUCCUAGAGAUGACAAACAAUGUAGACGAUCCCAAGCAGCUACUCAAACACAGAGGUGAUUAUGUGAUUUCAAAAAUAGAGUUUAUAAAGAAACUUGGUUGGAGUGUAGUUGAUGUGGAAUUUGAUCACAGCAUCCUCGUCUGGCAUAUCGCAACAGAUCUCUUUUACCCUUGUGAUGUCGACAAAUCCCCAGAUACCAAUCUCAAGACAAGAUGCAAAAUAAGCAAAUGCUUGUCUGAGUAUAUGUUGUAUCUGCUAGUCAUGUGUCCAUUUAUGCUGCCAAAAGGGAUAGGAGAGUUUAGGUUCCGAGACACUUGUUCAGACGCCAAAAGAUUUUUCCAGCAAAGAAGUGAGUCCAUAUCUAGUAGAAAUGAAGCUUGCAGAUUGUUGCUUGAAGUUUACACGGAACUUGAGCCCAGAUAUGUGAAAGGAGAUAAAAGCAAGUCGGUUUGA